AUGUUGUCCAACCCUCAGCGCCAGCCCGAAGGCGGGAGGGGUGUCAAUGGAACUGCUCCAGCGCCCCAAGCUGCCUCGACGUCCGCUCCAACCACACCAGAAAGACAAGGCCGAGCCAGACACGCUCGCACCAACGCAUCCCUAACAUCUAGCAUCGCAAGCAGCAGCCUCGGUGCUAGCGCCGAUCCGCCCUUCUCGCCCACAGAUAGACUGCCACGGCGCAGUUCGAUCCCCAACGAGGCUAGUCGCAUCUUUCAGGCUACAGGCUUUGACCCAUUCAGCACCGAACCUGACACGCUCUUCCGUUCAAUGACGGUCAAGCAGGUCGAGGCGUACGAGCGAGCCGUCCGAAGCACCGCACAAGGAAAGCAGCAAGAGCUCAGAGGUCUCGUUGGACAGCGCUACGAGGACCUCCUCGGCACAGCCAAUACCAUCAUCGACAUGGCUGGUAGUUCCAGCCAACUCUCACAACGACUUCAGAAGCUUGCAAAAGGCGUCAAGUCGGCAUCUAGCGUGGAAGAGACCACAGAGACGUCCAAAAAAGCGAGUCGACGCAAGAGCUUUCUGCCCGCACAGCUCUCAACAUCGAGCGGACCGGAUGCGGAUGCCUCAUCGCUGCACCAGGAAGCAAUCUAUGUGCUUGGCACCUCACUGCGCCUCAUCAUGGACGCACCUGAAUACGUCUGGAAAUCUAUCGAGAAGGGCAAGACACUACAGGCUGCCUGGGCCUUCAUGUUGGCCAGAGCUACAUGGUGGGAUCUCAACGAGACUGGCCUGCCCUCCGACAGCCAGUCGGCACUAGCCCCAGAUGGUGAAGAAGACAUCGCAUCGGCGUCUCAAGCCGUCUCGCUACUUGGUGUCAAUGUCAAGAAGGCCUUCCCGUUCAUCGAGAAGCAAUGGCAGAGCAUGCUGCCGAUGCGCAAGCAGAUUGUCCAUCGCGCUGUUGCUCUGCUCUCCGAUGCCGAGAUCGAGUCCAUGGCCGUGGUGGACCAACUUGCUGCGCUGAUGCUGAUCGAUGGCACCAAGAUCGACCAGGCUGUUCACCUGCUCCUUUCGCAGCGACUCACAGCUAUGCGGCGUAUGGUGCAACGACAGCGGCGAUCAGCACUUGACCUACAUCACCACACGACGAGCCGUGAUGUGGACGGGGUCGAAAUUGCCAACAGAGCAGCGCAGACAUCACAGACAAUGGCUCAACUAGUCACGCUGUUCGCACGCACGCUGCAACACGCCGUUCAGAUCUUUGCGCUUCCGACAACGACAGAGGCUGCAUCAUCAGCACGGCAGCCUUUGUUGCUAGACUUGCUUGCCACCAUCACAGACUCUGCCAACUUCACAACAGGCACACCUGCAGCUAUAUCACCUGCGCAUGAACGCGCUACACUCUUCCCACACCCACCCUCCGCAUCCAGCAACGAUGGCACGUCGGCAAGACAAAACGCUGCAGCCCUUCGAGCGCUCCGUAGAAGGUCAAAUCACGGCUUGCCGACCGAGAAUGCGACCCAAGAUGUUGGAACACAAGCAGCAGCAGAUCGUACACACCCAGAUCAGGCGAAGUAUUUGCGAGUGUCGACAGUCAACGUUGUGCAGGCCCUACCAAGUUCUCGUGUCCUUCUGCGCCUCCUGCCGCCAUCACUGUGGGGUUUUGCGCCAUUUCUGGACCUCGAGAACUCUGAAAAACAUUCAGCUGAGCAAGUCAUGGGCGAUCUAUCAACAUGGUCAACGAAAGCGCGCGAGGUUCUGAUUGACGGGCACGCAGAAGGGACCAAGAAUCAUGCUCCACUGGAUACAUUAAGGACUUUGCUCUCUGAGCUUGCAAAUGUCAGCGAGCUUGCGCUCGUACGAAGGUCGUUACGCACAACUUUGCAUCGAGCAAGGCGCAUCGUUGCUCGCAAGCUCAUACCAUCGGACGCGGUGAAAGACAAUCGCCGCCAGGCAGCAUUAGCAAAGGUGGACUCGGAGUUAGAGCAAUUAGAAGAGGCUAUCGACUCGAUCUUGCAAGAGCGUCUGUUGCAUCUCAUGGAGCAAAAGCUUCAAUACGCGGUCCAGGCGCUUCUCACAGAGACUGGAAAGAUAGUGUUGUCGCUGCAGUCCAACUCAGCAGAGGUCGAUACACCUCUCGAUGCGCUCUUCCAUCCGAUUGGUGCGGACAUCGCUUCAUUCGAAACUCGCAUCGAUGCGACCGCAGCUGCCAACCCAACUCAGGCAAGUCGCACGUUUGCUGUCGCGUUGCAAGACCAUGUCUGCGGUCGGUCGCAGCGAAUUGAUAAGCUGGCAAGCUUGUACGAGACGCCGACUGCCGCUUUGUCGCAGGAGCUGAAGCUGUAUCAGACAGAGCUCGAAGCCGACGGUAGAUUUGCCAGUGCAAGCACAUCGAUUCGAGCGCGCUUCGAUAACAUCCUGGCCGACUCGCGGCAAGAAGUCGAAAAGGGAUUGACGGACCUUGUUGACCAGCAACAAUCUGCAUCAGCAGCAAGCAAGAGCGCAGCGGCAGUGUCGAUGUCGACGUCGCUAGGGAUGCGUCUCAUCGCUGUGCUUGCUCUGCGAGAAUCUUCUGAAGACGCAGGUACUCCAAAGGGAUUGCGUCAGCCAGUCAAAGCGGCUUUGGAACGAUUCUGGAGGCCCGAGGUGGAGCAACGCGUCUCCACAGUCUUGCAAGCCAGCAAUUCUUCCAGCUCAUCCGAGUCAUCCGCGUCUGCACGCUUGCUGUGCGCUCUUGCCACGCUCUCGGAAUGCAUCGUCCAGCUAGGACCGGCACUGGCAGGAGCUGAACUCGCCGAGCAAGUUCGAGCCAUUGUUGAAAGCUUGCUUGCUCUCAGAAGGUCGGCCAAGGAUGCGGCCGCUGCUCAUGAUGCGGUAACACUCAAGGCUUUGUUGGAAAGCGACACAGCAAGCUUGAGCAAGAUUGUUGCUAAGGACAGCGGUCUGCAUCAUAUUCGACUGGCACUCUCGCCUCUGCUGUUGGCGCUUGCUACGACAGCGUCAGGAGCAGAGGGAAAGGUGACAGCGGGGAUGGCGUUGGCACGGGCAGAGCCAGCUUCCGCCGGUGGGCAAGUGCAGCCUAUUCUGCCGGUGUCGAGGAAGAAGGUGGAGCGGUUCUCGAUGCUUCCUGUUCGUUAA